AGCAACCGCUAACAUGCCAGUCGCCGACAUAGUGUCGGCGCUGGUUGAUUAGGAACGCCGAUUCAGCUCAUCCCCGCACCAACUGUACCAGCACGGCGAGACAUGCACAGCCAGCCAUCGAAACACGUCACUGCAAAAAGAUGAGAUGAACAAAUGCAGCGCUUCCGAGAAGGCGCCAUAUGGAGGCGCUGCCGGGUUUUCAGCCCAAGCGGCCCGAGAGUGUUUGAAAGAUGCCUUGAUGACUGAGUUCGACGACAAAAUUUACGACUCCAGUCAGGUAGCACAGUGGACGAAAGAAACCUCGCAAAGGAUAUGCGAAAGACUACAAGAAUUGGGUUUCGAAAGAUACAAGUACGUGGUGCAAGUAGUCAUCAGCGAACAACGCGGUGAAGGAGCAAGGAUGGCUUGCCGCUGCCUUUGGGAUUCCGACACUGACGUCUGCGUUUCGGAGUUCUAUAAUGGACUGUUUGUCCCACAGGACAGCUUGUUCUGUGCUGCUGUUGUCCUUGCCUCAUAUUACUACUAGACCGGGCUAGAGUGUUGGUUCUUCAUUUUCACAGCUUCAUCAAGAUACCUUUCCUGCCUAGGUCCCACUUGACAUGCAUCAAGCCACAGCAGGAUGGGGUGGUGCAGUAUUGGGAAACUGGUAUAAAUGCUCAUGUGCUACCAAGCUCAGAGCUAGCUGUAUUUUCCAACAUCUGUCGUGCCUUCACUGGAGACAACCAAGAUGCUACUGAGAAUAUUCUUUAGCCUCCAUCACCACAGAGCAGCAGACUAAGGAAGUCAUCCUCAGGCUGACCACUCUGCCUUCUCUGAAACAACGUUCUGUUUCUCUUGGUUCUGCGGCUUACUGUGCUGUCGCUGAAGCCUGUAACUGCUUUGGCAUUCAAAUAGUCACAUUUUACCUUUCA